UCCAUCUUCGGAGCACCUUCGGCUCCUACACGGCGUGCACUCAUGUUUCGGCAAGUAGAACAGCUUCGCGACCUCCUGACCUAUCUGUCAGUACCACAGUCUUUUUUGCUGCCGUCUCGAACGGAUCGUCUUCGAAAGAGUCAGUCGACCGACGGUAUCUAGAUAGACGCGAGAGUGCACCGGCGCAUCAGCCCUUCGCGAUGUAUUACGAAGUUAGACGCGAGGUUUUCGUGGUGAUGAUGGUGGUGGUGUUGGGGUGCGCGACUCAAGAGACUCCUAAAAAAUCAUUUUCAUGCGAAGGAAGAUCGUGGGGUUAUUACGCAGAUGUUACUACAGGCUGUCAGGUAUACCAUAUGUGUGAUGGGCUUGGUAGACAGUUCAGCUACAGAUGCCCAAAGGAUACACUUUUCCAACAGAGAAUGCUUAUUUGUGAUCACUGGUAUAUGGUUAACUGUAGCAAAGCUGAGCAGGACUAUAGCGCCAAUUUGUUAAUCGGACAAAAAGGCAUCCCUUUUGUGGCCGAUUAUAACCAAUACCAUCGAACGCCGAGACCCGACUUGGUCGAUCCUGCAAACGCGAAAAAUAAGUCAUAUAACCCAACGCAAGCGCCUAGCGAACCUUCACCAAAUAUUGUGGGCGACGACGACCAUAACUUAAAUACCGCUACGAACGAUUCAAAAUACUUUCCUCCAAGUCAUUGGUCUACAGAGUAUGCAAAAGAUUCCAUUACCCAAAGCCCAGUGCCUAAUAACUACGAUAGUAGGAUUAGCCAAAGUAGUCAAUCCUUUUAUAGAACUUCAUACAAUACGAUAAAAAGACUGUCAGACAAUCAAUCGAGAGUAAAAUCUGGAAAACGGCUGGAUUUAAAUUCACCAAACCACAACAAUGAUUUUUCCGCCGACACGAAACCAAACGAAAGGAAAGGCGUUAACACACCCCAACCUCCAAUCAUUUCCGACGUUCCUGCAGCAGACAGAAUCGAUUUGUCUAGUGAAAGAAAAGUGAAUUUUCCGUCUAAAUUUCGUGCUACUACCCCAGUGUAUCCAAAGACAGUCGACGCCGACUUGACGAAAUUUUCCGGGGAUGAGGAACAAUUGCCUUUUGAAGAAGAGCCCGUAGAAAAAGUGCAAAUUUUCCGUUCUAACUUUAAAGCUACAACGCCCGUGUAUCCUUUAACUGUAGAAGCAACCUCUCCAGCUCCGCACAGCGCGGGACUGUUGCCUCCAUUAAUUCAUGGAUCAGACCAACAAAAUCCCACUAAUACGUAUCACGUGAAUUUUAACUCGAACUUCAAAGCCACGACGCCAGAUUAUCCCAAAUUUGUGGAAAGCACCAGCCCCAAUCCGAAUGAAAUUGGAUUAGUGCCACCCAAAUCGCAAGAUAACGACACUCAACUAAGUAAUGACACACAAUCUCGCACCGAUAACAUACCUCUUGAAGUGCUGCCACCCAAAGUUGAAACUGGAAUCCGAUACGACUUUCCAAUAAAUCAACCCUCUAAAGUACACCCUGAAAUCACUCUGGCAGGCGAGGACGUGGAGCAGUCGAUACUCAAGAAUACCUUCAAUAGUAAACAGCUAAAUGACUACAUGUUAUCUAUGAAGCCGGAAGAGCUAAAAGGUCUGCGAGAAAUGUGGCACAUACCAGACUACGAUUUUCCAUUGGAGUCAGUCAGCGGUCGUGGUUACGGAAGUAUACAGAGUUCUUUCCACGCUAAUGGUGAAAAUAGGUAGAUGCUAUUUAAAAGGCAAUUAGGAAAUGGGAUGCUGGAUUCAAGGAAUAGUAGUCGGAUUGUAUAAGAAAUGUUUGAAUGCUAAUAUUUCAGGGAUUAAUUGUACUCUACUGUAAAUAAUUGUUAUGUUGAUUUAUUGAAAAAAAAAAAACAGCUACCAGCAGUUGCGUUACUUGCAAACCAAAUAAUACUGUUAGAUAUUAAGACAAAUAAAAGCCUGUAAAUAUACCUAUAAAUAAAAUUAUGUUAGUAUAAUGAGUAGUGCUAGAGAAAAACCUUUGCUCUUAAAUCAGUCGAACUAUUUCAGCUGAGAAUGGAGACGUUGUUUUCUGCUAGAAUUACAUCCAGGAUUUGUUCUACGACGGCAUUUCUACAAAACUUUUUUCUGAAAAUUAAUAGGCACCGCAAGUGACGAUCAAGAGGAAAAGACGGUGCUAUUUAAUAAGUGUCCGAUAUUUCACAGAGUAAUUUCAGACACAUUUAAGUUAAAGCUACUAUAAACGUCGACCUAAAAUUUUUCGAGAUACAGGGCGUCAAAGUUUUAUUUUUGAAUAUUCUGUAUAAUUUCUUAAAUAAUACCAACUUCUCAACACACGCAUCAAUUACUUCUAUAUAAAAUAUUUCGAAAAUGAAUAAAGUCAUACAUAAGGAUAUGCAAUUAACGCCGCCUAUAAGUAAAAGCUAAAUUAUAUAAGAACGUUCAGAAAUCGGCAUUAUUCAGAAAAUUUUACAGGAAAACAAAAAUAAAACGGACAACCGGUAUUCCGAAAACAACGCAUUUUAGACCACUAUAGCAACUUUUUACAGUAAAAAUAUUUAAGAAAUCACUCCUUAAAAAUAUCAGAGAGUUAUUAAAUAACACCCUGUACAUGAGAUCAUUGAGACCUAAUUACUAAGUUCUGAAUAUUGAGU